ACAGUGAUCUAUAAAUUGAUUUGAUAGGACCUUAUGUCGUGUAGACAAGCCUGUACUCAACAACCACUCUGUCAUAUUGGCUUGCGGUACGUAUAUAAGACUUUUUCACAAGAGAACAAACACCUGUGUUCAAGACGUCCUCCGAACAACGCCGAAUCUUUAGUGUGACGAGUUAUACACCAACACAAUUAAAUGCCUAUCGGGGUAUUCAUCCUUUCGAUUCUCUAUACAUUGGACGUUUUAGUUGACGCCCGUGUAACUUGUGAUCUGGAAUGCGGAGAAUCUGCAACAUGUCGAAUCGUAAGAAGUACAUGUGACUACCCUCCCUGUCCACGAGUGCCUGUGUGUGUAGGUGUGGACAGUGGACUUGCCAGCCGGCGACCGGGUCAUUGUCCAAUGCCAAUGGCGGCGGCCCCCUGUGUGACGCAGUGUAGACGAGACGGCGACUGUCGGGGAGAGGAGAAGUGUUGUUUUAAUGGAUGUGGACGCACGUGUCGAGGACCUCUUCAAAAUGUGUCCAGAAAACCCGGAACCUGCCCUUGGCAUCUCCAGAGGGAACUAUUAUGUAGUGUGGAUUGUGGUUCAGAUCAGGACUGCCCCGGAGUCGAGAAAUGCUGUACAACAUCCUGUGGAAGUAUAUGUUCGAAACCAUGUUACCAUUGGUUACGAGGAACCGGAACUAGAUCUGGAUUUUGGAGCCUGCCUUAUAUUUGUCAGCGAUCAUGAUCGAAUAUUACAUUAGUGCUAAUAUUGUUUGAAAGGGUUGGCGAUUUUGACGUACAGUUGAGUCAAUACAUUAUAGCAGGGAGCAAACACAAAAUGUAAAUUUCCAUGAAAUAAUUUCGAACCUGAGUAAAAAAAAAUCAAAAAAAAAAUCGUCUCAAUCGCUCUCUGAACGAUUUAUCCGCCUAGAUGUCUUCUAAAUUACUAAUUUAAUUGAAUUUAAAAUUCAUUUGGACAUCAUCGAGCUUUUCAUGCAAGCUCUCAAAAUUCCCGAGGAGCUAGGGACUCCUUUUGUACGCGAUAUGGCGUCUUGGGGCUUGGCGGAAACUAACGACCGGGAACUACCCGGAGAUUCUUCAGAAAAAACCCCAAUGUUUUCCAGAUGUGGAAAUGAUAAUGAAUGCAUAAUAAUAGAUUUUCAAGGAUCUCGAAAAAUUCGAUACGCAACAUGAGCCACUAACUGUAUUUGCUGUAACAAUGUCAUCCGUCUAUUUCAAUAUUCAUCAGUACUCAGAUUGUACCCAUUGGACUUGCAUCAAGUGUUCUCAUUGGUCACAAACGAGUCGGUAGACUUAAAACAAGAAGUAUGAUUGGCCAGUGCACUUGUAACAUUAUGGAAUCUCCUGCAGAUCACUCAUACUACAAAAAGUUUGAUUCCAGAGUUGUUCUUGAAAAAAUGGAAUAAACUAAUGUAUAUGAAGCUA